CACCUGAUUUGCUGUUGCUGUUGCUGGAAAAAUGGCUGCUCACUUGUCUUACGGAAGAGUGAAUCUAAACAUUUUGAGAGAAGCAGCACGGAAGGAGCUUCGGGAGUUUUUAGAUAAAUGUGCAGGAAGCAAGGCCAUAGUUUGGGAUGAAUAUCUGACAGGACCUUUUGGACUGAUUGCGCAGUAUUCAUUAUUGAAGGAACAUGAGGUGGAGAAGAUGUUCACCCUCAAGGGGGGCCGUCUCCCCGCUGCUGACGUCAAAAACAUCAUCUUCUUUGUCCGUCCUAGACUGGAGCUCAUGGACAUCAUCGCAGAGAAUGUCUUCAGUGAGGAUAAGAUGCACUCACCACGUGACUUCCACAUCCUGUUUGUGCCGCGGCGGAGCAUGCUGUGUGAACAGCGGCUGAAGGAGCAGGGCGUGCUUGGCUCCUUCACCAACAUUGAUGAGUACAUCCUAGACCUGAUUCCCUAUGAUGGAGACCUGCUCUCCAUGGAGUCUGAAAGCGCUUUCCGAGAGUGCUACUUGGAAAAUGACCAGACAAGCCUUUACCACACAGCCAAAGGCCUCAUGACCUUGCAGGCACUGUAUGGCACCAUACCACAGAUUUAUGGGAAAGGAGAGUGUGCACGGCAUGUUGCCAACAUGAUGCUGAGGAUGAAGAGGGAGUUUGCUGGCAGUCAGAAUCAGAUCCUGCCGGUGUUCGACACCCUGCUCCUCCUGGACCGUAACGUUGACCUGCUCACCCCUCUGGCCACGCAGCUCACCUACGAGGGUCUUAUCGACGAGAUCUAUGGAAUAACUAAUGGUUAUGUCAAGUUGCCUCCGGAGAAGUUUGCACAGAAGAAGCAAGGCGAGACGGGCAAAGAUUUACCCACAGAGCCCAAGAAGUUGCAGCUCAACUCAGCCGAGGAAUUGUACGCAGAGAUCCGGGACAAGAAUUUCAAUGCUGUUGGAGCAGCGCUCAGCAAGAAGGCUAAAAUAAUUUCUGCAGCCUUUGAGGAGCGCCAUAACGCUAAAACAGUGGGAGAAAUCAAGCAGUUUGUGUCUCAGCUGCCUCACAUGCAGGCAGCACGGAGCUCGCUGGCUAACCACACUUCUAUAGCUGAGCUUAUCAAGGACAUCACCACAUCUGAGGCCUUCUUUGAUAACCUAACAGUGGAGCAGGAGUUUAUGACUGGAGUUGACACAGACAAGGUGAACACGUACAUAGAGGACUGCAUCGCCCAGAAAGAUCCCCUGAUCAAGAUUCUGCGGCUGGUGUGCAUGCAGUCUGUCUGCAACAACGGCCUCAAGCAGAAGGUGCUGGACUACUACAAGAGGGAGAUUCUCCAGACCUAUGGUUAUGAACACAUGCUAACACUGAACAACCUGGAGAAGACAGGGCUUUUGAAACCCCAGACGAGCUCCAGGAAUAACUACCCCACUAUCAGAAAGACUCUUAAACUGUGGAUGGAAGACGCCAAUGAGCAGAACCCCAACGACAUCUCCUACGUAUAUAGUGGCUAUGCCCCGCUAAGCAUCCGACUGACCCAGGUGUUGGCCCGGCCCGGCUGGCGCAGCAUCGAAGAGGUCCUGAAGAUGCUCCCCGGGCCACAUUUUGAGGAGAGACAACAGCUGCCUGCAGGGCUGCAUAAAAAACGCCAGCAGGGGGAGAACAGGACCACGCUGGUGUUCUUUCUCGGUGGAGUGACGUACGCAGAAAUAGCCGCUCUGCGUUUCCUCUCUCAAAUGGAAGACAGCGGGAUGGAAUACAUUAUCGCUACCACCAAACUCAUUAAUGGUACCAGUUGGAUCAAAUCCCUCAUGGACCGGCCCGAAUCUCAGAGCCCCUGAGUCACCCUCAGUUAGGAGGUGCAUGCACACCUGUGCACAUCAAACACUCUAUCGACCAGAAGACCUUGGCUGCUGUUUUCAUGUCCAUAUCCGUGUACUGCAGGUGUCUCAUUGAUGUCUGCACCGGCGAAACAGCAACAGGCUCUUUAUGUUUUUCCAGUCUGUUUUUGCCCUAAUGCUAGUGUUUACUGUUUACUGGUGAUCCUCUUGGUCAUUGCUCUGUUGUAGGGCUGCACUGUAUAUAUGUAUGUAUGAUUGUACCAUUUUAUACCUAACCAUAAACAUUUUCCAAAAUGGAAAAUGAUGAUCAGGUAUAAAAUGAUAAAAUAUCAGUACUCAGCGUUUUGUUCAGACUUUUUUUUUUUUUUUUUUUUUUUUAAAAGCACCUGCUAAUGAUAUGUUUGGCUGUUGCCUAAAUAAAACCUGUAAAUAAAGUGUCUCAACUAACUAAA